CCCGCGCCCCCGGCCCGGAGUCAGGCGGACAAGCCGGUGCUGGCAAUCCAAGUCCUGGGCACUGUCAAAUGGUUCAACGUCCGGAAUGGUUACGGAUUCAUCAACAGGAAUGACACCAAGGAGGAUGUCUUUGUUCACCAGACAGCUAUUAAAAGAAACAACCCCAGGAAGUUUCUGCGAAGUGUUGGAGAUGGGGAGACUGUGGAGUUUGAUGUCGUGGAAGGAGAGAAGGGUGCAGAAGCUGCUAAUGUAACUGGGCCUGGGGGGGUGCCAGUGAAGGGCAGCCGCUAUGCUCCCAAUCGACGUAGGUUCCGCAGAUUCAUCCCCCGGCCUCGUCCAGCUGCCCCACCACCCAUGGUGGCAGAGGCUCCCUCGGGUGGGACUGAGCCUGGCAGCGAAGGGGAGCGGGCAGAGGACUCGGGGCAGCGGCCUAGGCGACGGCGCCCACCACCCUUCUUCUAUCGGAGGCGGUUUGUGCGGGGCCCUCGGCCCCCCAAUCAGCAGCAGCCCAUAGAGGGCUCCGACGGGGUAGAACCCAAGGAGACAGCCCCACUGGAGGGGGACCAACAGCAAGGAGAUGAACGGGUGCCCCCACCCAGGUUCCGGCCCAGGUACCGAAGGCCUUUCCGCCCCAGGCCACCCCAACAGCCUACCACAGAAGGUGGGGAUGGCGAGACCAAGCCCAGCCAAGGCCCCACUGAUGGCUCCCGGCCUGAGCCCCAGCGUCCACGAAACCGCCCCUACUUCCAGCGCCGACGGCAGCAGCCCCCUGGCCCCCGGCAGCCCAUAGCCGCAGAGACCUCAGCACCUAUCAACAGUGGGGACCCCCCCACCACCAUACUGGAGUGAUUCCAACUCAGAGGACACCCAGAGCUACCAUCUGGUAUCUGCCAGUUUCCAACUGACUACCCAGCACCCCCUCCCCCCUUUCCCAUAAUUCAUGACAUCAAAACAUCGGCUUUUCCCUUGAGACUCAGGAGGGCCAAAGCAACAGCCUUUGGCUUUUUUCUCUUUUUUCCCUCGCCCUCCCAAGGGUUGAAGGAAGGGACCCGUCCUCACUGUUCAGAGGCAUCCGCUCCCUCCCCUAAGUCAGGCUGAGAAGGAACCAGCCCGCUCUUCACCCCCUCCUGAUUGGUUUGCCCCGCCCAUUUAUUUUUUGUUCCCUUUACCUCCUCCCAACACCUCUGAAGCCAUUUUAUGAACUGUCAUGUGCCACCUGAGCCUCCAAUAAAAACAAAAGCAGGCUUUCUUGUU